AAACGAUUAACUUUUAUGAUUAAACAUUAUCAUUCAUUAAGAUAAUUAUUUCAGCUCAAAUUCUUUUUUGUUCGCGUGCAAUAGAAAUUCUUUUCGUUGAAAUACCAAAGCCUUUAAAAAGUUAAACAAACCAAAUGUCGAAAAAAAUGUCAACUCCAGUUAGUCCGGGUAUCAGUCAUUCCAGUUUAAACAGUAAUGAUAGUCAAUCAACAGAUAAAAAAAUGCCAAUCAACAAAGUGACCGUCGGUACUGCUAAAGGACCUAAUAUAAAGAAUGUUAAAUCCAAAAUUGGUUCAUUAAAUAAUGUCCGUCAUAAACCGGCUGGAGGCGAUAAAAAGAUUGAAUCACAAAAAUUAAAAUGGGAAACAAAAUCCAGAAUCGGUUCAUUGGAUAAUGCUACACAUAAACCUCAAGGCGGAAAUGUUCGUGUUGUGACACAAAAAUUAGAUUGGAAAGUACAAUCAAAAGUUGGUUCACUAGACAAUGUUAAACAUGUACCCGGUGGUGGUAAUGUACGAAUUUUUGAUGAAAAAUAUUCGACCACCACCAAUUCAAUAAAAUCGGGAGAAACAACGCCGGCAACAACAGCAACAGCACCACAAAUCAAUAACAAUAAUAAUCCAAUAGAUGAUCUGUUACGAGAAACAAAUGAAAAAUCAUCAAACAUUUGA